UGAUUUGAGUGUGUUGAGGGAGAAAGGGUCUGAGCAUAAUAUUGCAGUUUUGCACGAGGACUUAUUCUUACUGUGUUUGAACAAUGAUUUAAGGAUGAUAGGUUAUCUUUCUGUCAUUUUAUCUGAGCUGAAGUUUGAAUAUCUCUUCUUAGCAGAUUCAAUAAACACUCAAAAUAGAUUCGGAUCUUGGACCAUUGGGUCUGGCUUUGAGUAUUUUUCUAGAGUACAGUAUUUGGCCUUGCCCUACACUACCCAUUGGCAAGGCCUACUUCAAUUUAAUAUUCCCAUGUCCCGCCGUUGCCAAUAUGAAGAAUGCGGCCCCCAAUUCCUUCUACUCGCAUCAGUACUUCCGGAGAACGGCGGAUAUCAGCGCAACGGCCAACCAAUAUGCCGCCAAGCUUCAGCUCUGCUUCCAGCGCGGCCCCCCUGUCUACGCUCUCGCCCCUGCCGUUCACGCCCACAUGAUUGCUUCUGGGUUCAUCCCACGUGGCCACAUACUUAACCGCCUGAUUGAUUUUUACUGCAAAUCCUCCAACUUUAACUAUGCAAAAAGACUGUUUGAUGAAAUCCCCCAACCAGAUGUGGUUGCAAGAACCACUUUAAUUGCUGCUUACUCUGCUUCCGGGAAGCCCAAGAUGGCUAGAGAGAUUUUUGACAAGACUCCACUAAGAAUUCGUGAUACUGUUUGUUAUAAUUCUAUGAUUACUUGCUAUUCCCAUAACAACGAUGGCCAUGCAGCUAUUCGACUCUUCAAUGAAAUGAGGCAAAAGGGUUUCAGACCUGAUAAUUUUACAUAUACAAGCGUACUUGGUGCUUUGGCACUUGUAGCUGAUCACGAGAGGCAUUGUCAGCAGCUACACUGUGCUGUGGUCAAGUCAGGGGCUGCAUCAAUUACCUCAGUGGUGAACGCGCUCAUAUCACUUUAUGUCAAGUGCGCAUUAUCGCCAUUUUCCUCGUCUUCUUCACUGAUGGCUUCGGCAAGGGAGUUAUUUGAUGAGAUGCUGGAAAAGGAUGAAUUAUCAUGGACGACAAUCAUCACGGGGUAUGUGAAAAAUGAAGAUCUCGAUGCUGCUAGGGAAGUUUUUGACGGGAUGGAUGAAAAGUUGGUGGUGGCAUGGAAUGCUAUGAUUUCUGGGUAUGUGCAGAAGGGUAUGGUGUUCGCGGUGUUUGAAAUGUUCAGAAAGAUGCACUCUUUGGGGAUUAAGCAUGAUGAUUUUACCUAUACCAAUGUCCUCAGCGCCUGUGCUGAUGCUGAGUUGUUUCUUCAUGGCAAGCAAGUUCAUGCGUACAUCCUGCGGACAGAGGCAAAACCUGCUCGGGAUUUCAUGAUUUCUGUGAAUAAUGCUUUGAUUACAUUGUAUUGGAAAUGUGGUAAAAUUGACCAAGCAAGAAGUAUUUUUGACUCAAUUUGCACUAAGGAUCUUAUUUCUUGGAAUGCAAUUUUAUCAGCUUAUGUUAGUGCCGGGAGAAUUCAUGAGGCAAGAUCCAUUUUUGAUCAGAUGUCUGAGAAGAACAUGUUAUCUUGGACGGUUAUGAUAUCAGGAUUGGCCCAACAUGGGUUAGGUGAAGAGGCUUUGAAGUUUUUCAACAAGAUGAAGUCAUCUGGGUUGGAACCAUGUGACUAUGCAUUUUCAGGAGCCAUUACCUCUUGUGCUGUACUUGCAGCUUUGGAACAAGGGCGCCAACUCCAUGCUCAGCUUAUCCGGCUUGGUUUUGAUUCAAGCCUUUCUGCUGGAAAUGCCCUAAUAACAAUGUAUUCUAGAUGCGGUGUCCUUGAUGCUGCGCGCAAUGUGUUUCUUACCAUGCCUUGUCUGGAUUCUGUGUCUUGGAAUGCUAUGAUAGCAGCCUUUGGACAACAUGGACAUGGUGCCGAAGCGCUAGAACAUUUUGAAUAUAUGUUGGAAGAACAGAUAUUGCCUGACCGCAUUACAUUCCUCACAGUCCUCUCUGCAUGUAGUCAUGCAGGUUUAGUUGAAGAAGGACAAAAUUAUUUCAAUUCUAUGGAGAAAGUAUAUGGCAUAACUCCUGGUGAAGAUCAUUAUGCGCGGUUAAUUGAUUUGUUGUGUCGAGCUGGAAAAUUGAUGGAAGCCAAAAAUGUGACUCAGACUAUGCCUUUCCAGCCUGGAGCACCAAUUUGGGAAGCUUUACUUGCUGGCUGUCGGCUUCAUGGUGACAUGGAUUUAGGGGUGUAUGCUGCUGAACAACUCUUUGAGAUGAUUCCGCAACAUGAUGGCACCUAUAUACUUUUGGCAAAUAUGUUCGCCUCUGCAGGCCGAUGGGGUGAAGUGGCAAUGGUUCGAAAAUUUAUGAGGGAUCGAGGUGUGAAGAAAGAGCCUGGUUGUAGUUGGCUUGAGGUUGAAAAUAAGGUGCACGUAUUUUUAGUUGAUGACACAGUGCACCCUGAGGUGCAAGCAGUUUACAGUUAUCUGAAGGAGUUGGUACUCAAGUUAAGGAAAUUGGGAUAUGUUCCGGACACUAAGUAUGUCCUGCAUGAUAUGGAGUCGGAACAGAAAGAACAUGCCUUGUCUACUCAUAGUGAGAAGCUGGCAGUUGUAUAUGGACUCCUUAAACUUCCUCGUGGCGCCACCAUUAGGAUCUUCAAGAACCUACGUAUUUGUGGGGACUGUCACAAUGCAAUCAAGUUCAUGUCCAAAGCAGAGGCUAGAGAGAUUAUUGUGAGAGAUGGAAAGAGGUUUCAUCAUUUCAAGGAUGGUGAAUGCUCUUGUGGUAAUUACUGGUGAUUGAAGAUGAUGUGGUAAUUAUAAGUGGACAAAUUGUCAUGGUUCCAAUUAUCAUUCUUGUCCUUACGGUCUUCCUCUGUCUGGAAUACUGGAGCUGCCAUGUGGAGCCCACCAAUGAGACAUGCUCAACUUACAGAAAUGGCUGAAGAUUGAGAAAGAAACUUUAUAUUCUUCUGGUGCAGCCAGAAUAUGCAGCAUCACAAAUUAGUUACAGCUCCUCGUUCAUCCAGAGCUGCAAUGGUGUUGUACCAUGGAUCAUGGCCAAAGGAACUUUUCCCUAAUUCACAUUUUUUCCCUCUUCAUAUCCUUGAUUUAUGCAUGAAACUUAGGUGCUGAACUGUUUAACUGAUGUUGACAAAUAUGUCAUAAUUGUGACUUGUACUCGUAUCUUUUACCUGUGAAAGGUUUGUAUUUAUAUACUCACAUGAAAUUUGAAAGUUUUCAAAAUAUAUUGUCUUUUUGAACAUGAAAUGAAAGUGAGGUUGACUUCUUUUUUAAAGAUGUGCACGUGGUAUUCCGUGUUGAGUAAUUCAGUGGUAUAACAUUUCAUAUCUCUGCAGUUGAUAGAUUGUGUUAUACACUUGUGAUUGCUAGUACUUCUCAUUCCUAUGUACAUGUGAUUGUAUGUUUUAUAUCAGUUCAAAGGGUACCUGUGGAAGAGCGCAAAAAGUAAACAGCACAAGAUUCUUUUUCAUAGGAAGAGAGGGCAAACUCCCAAGUUUGGUUUAAGCAGUGUUUUUUUCUCACACUCCACAACAUUCAACUGUCUCCCACUCUUCCAAAGUCUGCACACACACACUCUCUCUGGUGAGUUCCAGUAAGCCCCUUUGUGUAUCUUGAAAUUGGCUGAUCAGUUAAAUGCAGAAAUCGUCCUAGGAACUGUGCAGAAUUCUAAGGAAGCGUGCAAAUACGAGACGAAACUUUGGAGGAAAGAAGAGUUGAUCUGAGUGCCGGACGUCUAAUUCAUGCUCUGUUUGAGAUAGUUCUGAAAAGGGGAUGGGCCAGAGAAGACUUUGAAACUAUGCAAAAUGACAGGCAAGAGGAUGUGGAGCGCGCAGACACCACUUCGCCAAUUCCAUGGUAUUCCAAAUGAAAUUCUGAUGAAGUUGGAAAAGAAAGAUCUGGUCUGGGAAAGAUACUAUGGUCUCUCUUCACAGGAGAUUGGUGAACACUCCAUAAAUUUAUUCAUCAGUUCCCAAAGCUAAACCUGAGCGCACACGUUCGACCGAUAACUCACUCUGUUUUGAGGGUUGAACUGACCAUUACCCCUGAUUUCCAUUGGGAUGCAAGGUCCAUGGGUAUGUGGAGCCGUUUUGGAUCAUUGUUGAGGAUAAUGAUGGCAUAUAUAUUCUUCAUCAUGAAUAUUUCAUGCUGAAGAAACUGUAUAUUGAUGAGGACCAUACUCUGAAGAAGACAUACAUACUGUAUUUUAUUUGUGAUUCUUAUCUAGGGUGUGAUCAGGAGUAUAGCAUCACUGUGGAUGUCAAGGAGGCAGCAAAUAUGGAAGAGGAUAGUUGAAGACGAUGUGCGAUGCUGAGCAAAACUGUGAUGACUGGAUCUUCAUAGACUCUGGUUUGCUGAGCUACCUGCAUAGAAUGCAUGCGCUAAUAUAGAUAGUGGUGUUGGGCCGAUGACAUGUGUAUGUGCACAACACCUAUGAUAAACCACAAGUGUUGAGCAUCAACAGCUUCAGUCAAGUGGCUUUGGGACAUUUCAAGCUCAAGACAGUGUUGAAGGUUCCAGCUUCAUUUUGUCUCAAGUAUAGAAGAAGUCGUGCUUGAGAAAACAUAGGAGCACUUUCCUAUGUCCGAAGAAGCAGUUUUGCAUCUCCAAAGCACUUGGAUUUCUCCAUAACCAAAUCUGAGCAUGGUAUUAGAGUCAUCUAUUCAUGAUCUCUGGGCCUGUUCUCGCUUCUUUUCUUGGCUUGAUUCUUUGUUAUUCCUUUCAAUUGUCCGAUACAGUCUAAUUGAGCUAAAAACACUUUUAAAAUAUUAGCAAGUAGCACGUGCAUUGCACGUCUAGAAUUAUAUUUUUUAGGAGUGAAUAUAUCACUUAUCAGUUAUAAAAGAAUAUUGAACUCAACAAAUUUAUUUAUAUU